AAGACUGUCAUCAGCUGUGCUGAGGUAGGUCACACACACAGGACCUGUUGCUUGUCUCCUCAGGUGUGUGUGUUGGUGUGUGUGACAGAGUGGGGGUCACAAGUGUUGAAAUCACGUGACACAAAUACAGGAAAUGAUCAGGAGUCGCGCCGUGCCGCUGCUGUGCGUGGUCCUGCGGAGUGCAUGCAGGCGGCAGAGCAGCAGCAGCAGCAUGGCUUACAGCGCCAAGAUCGGCCCGUCCAUCCUGAGCAGCGACCUGUCCUGCCUGGGCAGCGAGUGUGUGCGGAUGAUGGAGUGCGGGGCGGACUACCUGCACCUCGACGUGAUGGACGGGCAUUUUGUCCCCAACAUCACAUUUGGUCAUCCCAUGGUAGAGUGCCUCAGGAAGUGUGUAGGCCAAGACCCUUUCUUUGACAUGCACAUGAUGGUGUCCCGGCCAGAGCAGUGGGUGAAGGCCAUGGCUGCAGCAGGAGCCAACCAGUACACCUUCCACUUAGAGGCCACCAGCAACCCUGGAAACCUGAUCAAGGAAAUUAAAGCGAGUGGCAUGAAGGUUGGCUUGGCCAUAAAGCCUGGUACUACUGUUCAGGAGCUAGCACCGUGGGCUAACCAGAUCGACAUGGCCCUGGUCAUGACGGUGGAGCCUGGCUUUGGAGGACAGAAAUUCAUGGAGGACAUGAUGCCCAAGGUGAGCUGGCUGAGGAGCAAGUUCCCCUCGUUGGACAUUGAAGUAGAUGGAGGGGUCGGUCCUGACACCAUUCACAAGUGUGCCGAAGCAGGAGCCAACAUGAUUGUGUCAGGCAGCGCUGUGAUCAGCAGCGACGACCCUCGCUCAGUCAUCGCUCUUUUGCGCACCGUGGUGGCCGAGGCAAUCCAGAAACGCUCCUUAGACCGCUGAGGUGUUUUUUUUUUUUUUUUUUUUUUUUCUCUUGUGGAAGUCCCCUUGGCGAAGCCCCGUACCUGCCUGUUUCAGCAUCACACCACAGCAGCCAGCGAGAAACAAUGGACAUUUCUGUCUCUGUCAGAGGUCAGGGCCGGGGGCUUCUGCUCAGCCUCCUGCUGGUGGCCAAAUCCAAAUCACUGUGACAGAGUGAAGCUGGGCUGUGGCUCCACACAAGUGUCGGACUUCACCCUGCUCUGCCGCAAUCUCUUCUCUGAACUUAGCUCACCAUGAGUCCCAGCAUGGGAACAGUUACCAUUUGAAGAUGAGCUGAGGUUACGCUACUAUCUGUACACAUUCCUGAAUAUUUUUUGACUCCUACUGUAAGUUUUAAUGGAUGGAUGAAUGACUGAAUUAUGGAAAUAAAACAAAAAACCCUGUGUUUAUAUUUUCUGUUAAGUAAGUAGAUUUGUGGUUAAAUGCUAAGUCAUCAUAAGGUUCUUUCCUUGUUGUGUUCUUAGCAUAAACACUGUAGCAAUUUCCAUGAAACUGGGAUGUAUAGAUUAAAAGAUACAACUGGAGUUGCAAGAGUGGGGUCUUUGCACUUUGACCCAGACAACAGCUGAUGCAACUGAAAUGAAGAAAGCAGUGUUUGCAGAGCUGCGAACAUUCAGGGUUCACUUUUACCCGUUCAGUGCCAGCUCAGGGUUUGGGUUGAUUCUUUUUCAUAGUCACUAAAUCAACAUGAAAAAAUAGUUUUAACUAUUAUUAACAGAAGAAAGUCCAGUGCAGAUGAAUGCACAACAAAUUGUGAAGCUGAUGUUUUCCUCUAAGGUUGGCAAAUGACCAACACAUGAUGUGUAACAUGUUAUACUACUUAUCCUGAAUGGAUGUGAUGGCAUUAUCUUCUGCUUUUCCUUUUACAUAAACUAAAUACAUGAAAAAAUUAU